GCUGCCAUUUCGAUGGGUUGUUGUUGUGCUGGUGCCAUGGUUACUGUGUUCCUCUGUGUGAAUCCUGUGUUGCUGACAGAGCUGUGGUCUCUAGUCUGGGUGCUGAGAGAGUGUCCAGAGAAAUAAAUAAAGAGAAAGGAUUUGAAAAAGUUCCUCAAAACGCUACAUUGGUGUCAGAGCGGGAUUCGGAACGAAACCCAUGAGCGUCAAGCAGGAGCGGUUAGGAGAGGGAGGUGGACCAGUGGAUCCGCUACAACCCCCACCCAUCCCAGACUCGGUGGGAUGGCGGACUGGAAGACCUCCUCGGUGGGCUGGAGGAUCAAGGCUGGUACAUUGCAUGCGGGGAAUUCAGGCACAAGGUUGAAGAGGAGGUACUGCCUGCCCGAAAGCAGAGGAGGGGCGGCCGUUCCCAGAGGCAAGCAAGGGAGCCGGUGCCGUCUCCAGUGUUGGAGAGGGGGGUGCUGCCCGCCCGAGUGCCGGAGAGAGAGGUGCUGCCGCCGCUGGAAUACCCAGGGAAGGACAGCUGGAAGACUAACGGAGCGCUUGGGAAGCUGCGUCUGCGGAAAGCAUUGGCACUAUGUAGUGUACUGCCCUCACCUGAUGGAGGAGCAGCAGCUGGAGAUCCUCAAGCUUUGGUCAGCACUAGUCGCAAGAUGGGGAGCCACAGCAGCAGCAGCAGCAGCAGCUCCGUCAGUGUGCCCCCCCAUGAGGACAGCCCUGGAGCUGCAGCCAGCGAGGAUGGGGAGGCCGGUGCUGGAGCACUACCAUGCGGCCCUCAUCUACUCCCUGCUUGGUGUCUGCCUCAGUGUCCUGCUCUGCACCCUGUCCCUGGCUGUGUUCAUGAUGCUGAGGAAGAGGGGGGAGCUGUGCCCCAGGAAAAAGGCCAGUGGGCACACCCCUGCCUCCUCCAAAGCUUGUUUAAUGGAAUCCGGCAGUCUGCAAGGGAGUCUGAGUGGAAGAGGAACCCCUGAGACUGUGGGGACCUGCAGCUACUGCUUCCCUGAGCUGGCAGGGACUGAGACAGCAGCGCAGACACACAGACACACUGGACUGGCAGCGAUGGAGACAGCAGCGCAGACACACAGACACACCGGACUGGCAGCAAUGGAGACAGCAGCGCAGACACACAGACACACCGGACUGGCAGCAAUGGAGACAGCAGCGCAGACACACAGACACACCGGACUGGCAGCAAUGGAGACAGCAGCGCAGACACACAGACACACCGGACUGGCAGCAAUGGAGACAGCAGCGCAGACACACAGACACACCGGACUGGCAGCGAUGGAGACAGCAGCGCAGACACACAGACACACCGGACUGGCAGCGAUGGAGACAGCAGCGCAGACACACAGACACACCGGACUGGCAGCGAUGGAGACAGCAGCGCAGACACACAGACACACCGGACUGGCAGCAAUGGAGACAGCAGCGCAGACACACAGACACACCGGACUGGCAGCGAUGGAGACAGCACCACAGACACAGAAACACACCGGACUGGCAGCGAUGGAGACAGCACCACAGACACAGAGACACACCGGACUGGCAGCGAUGGAGACAGCACCGCAGACACACAGACACACCGGACUGGCAGCGAUGGAGACAGCACCACAGACACAGAGACACACCGGACUGGCAGCGAUGGAGACAGCACCACAGACACAGAGACACACCGGACUGGCAGCGAUGGAGACAGCACCACAGACACACAGACACACUGGACUGGCAGCGAUGGAGACAGCAGCGCAGACACACAGACACACCGGACUGGCAGCGAUGGAGACAGCACCGCAGACACACAGACACACCGGACUGGCAGCGAUGGAGACAGCACCACAGACACACAGACACACUGGACUGGCAGCGAUGGAGACAGCACCGCAGACACACAGACACACCGGACUGGCAGCGAUGGAGACAGCACCACAGACACAGAGACACACCGGACUGGCAGCGAUGGAGACAGCACCACAGACACAGAGACACACCGCAUUGCUCUACAAGCAGGCUGCAGCCACCACGGUUUCAUCCAUGUAUGGCAGCGACAGAGCACUUAAUAUUAUUUGUUCCCCGACACAACCUACCACAUAAGAAAGCAACAGCUAAACAUUGCACUAAAGGGGGUUUAAUAUGAUAACACUGGGGCACAUCUCAGGGUUUUUAAAACUUUGAGUCUUCAGUUUUUACUGUGAGCUUAGUACAUACCAACAAAAUAAUUCCAGUAAAGCUUACCAGAUAUGUGUAGCCUUUGUUUCUUAGAUCUUGCAUGUUCCUAUUUGAAAGAUGUACACAUUAUGGUACAGGAUGAUUUGUUUCUACCAUGAACAGCUAUAGCCAAAACUUUUGCAUCACCUAGAAUUUUAGGAUUCUGACAAUUAAAAAAAAAAAAAAAAAAAAAAAAAAAAAUUAUAUGAACAUGAUUUAGAUAUUGUAUUUAACAAAAUAAUAGUAGUGCAGUAUUUCAUGUUAGAUUUCGAAAUGUCACAUUUUGAAAUUGUCAGUUUUUUGUUAAGUAUAUGGAAAACAACAAAGUGGUAUGUAAUUCAAUAUGUUAAAGUAAAAAUAUAGAACAGGUUUAAUUUGACUUUAUGAAGCAAAAUGUGUUCAUUCUGUAGGGCAAUGCAAAACCUGUGGCCAUAGCUGUACAUAAACUGGAUCACACCCUACACAAACUCAGAUUUAUCUGCGUGUAAAUCCUGGAGAGGUUCAAACGGCAGUGCAAUGGUGCCAGAUUUCUGUCCCGGUUUAAGGGACACUGAAAGAUAUUUAGUUUGGUUCAUUUCUUCACCAUGAAAAAAGAAAAGGAUUCAUUUUGUAGACAGAACUCCCUUCUUUCAUAUUGCACAGGACCAGACUACCUCCUCCACCCGACUGCUCCUUUUGGGCGGGGAAAAAGCACUUGACCUGCUUGUCCAUUUCUCAAACUGAAGUGUUGGUAGCUAACAACAUUGUUUAAAAUCUUUUUCACUAUUCAUGUGUCUCAGAUGUGCAGUUUUACAAAACAUUACAAUGAUAUGUAGUAAUUGUAAAACAGCAUAUCUGGUACAUUGAGGCUUGGUGGUCCAGUGGUUAAAGAAAAGGGCUUGUUACCAGGAGUUUCCAAGGUCAAUCCCCAAGUCACUUAACCUCCUUGUGUUCUGUCCUUUGGAUGAGAUGUAAAACUGAGGUCCUAUUGUAAGUAACUCUGCAGCAGCAGUUGUGAUGCAUAGUUCACUCCCAGGUCUCUGUAAGUCGCGUUGGAUAAAAGCGUAUGCUAAAUAAUAAUACUAAAAAAAUUAAAAUAAAUCUUUGUUUUGUAAGCCUGGAUGUUGAAUUGAGCUGGGCCUUUUUUCCUGUCAAUAACCAAGCUGCUUCCCCUCAACUGACAUGAUUUCAGCCAGCAACAUUACCCAGAAGACACUGCUGAGGUGACAUGAUGUAGUCAAGCAGUAUCAGACUUCUUGUGAAUAAGGCAUAGAAACUGAUCUAGUGAAGUGCAGUACCAGAUAAUAUGAUUUAAAAAUCGAAAUACAUGAUUGUUAUAUGUGUUUCUUUCAAAACUGCACAUUUGAGACUAGUGUAGCAGUGUGAAGUGCACAAUGUUGAGAUUAAUGGAAUUAUUUUAUUACCUACAAUGAGUAAAAGGAUAUUCUUAUAAUCAAAGAUGGUAGCUGCCAUAACGGUUUACAAUUCUUUUUUUAAAUGAAUUAUUUCUUAUUGCUGUGUUAUUUGCUAAACUGAUUUAAAAGUAAUGUAUUUUAAUAUUGUUAUUUUAUUUACUGUUUUAUAUUGAAUUAAGUUUUAAACUUCAGUGAUUGUAAUAUAAUGUUUAUUAUUUAAGUAAUUUAUUUACAAUAACUUGAGAAAACCUGCACUUAGUUUAAGUUGGAAAAAAAUAAAACCUGACUACUGUAUGUAAUGUAGUUUAAAUAUAAUGUAUUGCAUGCAAUAAACUUC